UUGUGGUUAGAUUAGCUUGACGAUAGUCUAUUCUAGCCAUAAAUAAAGCAGCGUGAGGCUUAUCCCCCUCCACCCACCCACAAUUACCCAAAUACAUAUGUGUGAAUGUGGGCAGCCAUGAGCCUGUUGCCAAGAUCUGAUUAUGUUUGUUAAAUUCCAAAGACAUUUGCAAUGUUUAUGAAACUGAACAAAUCUUCGAGCGAAUCAUCCGAGAGCUCUCAGCUGGUGCAGGGGCGCGAGGACGGUGGCGUUGAGCUGCAUCCGUUGGGCCUGAGAUUUGACGAUGGAAUUGCGACUGCCCGCAAUCGUUACUAUGAAUCCGAAUUCGAUACCAAUGAGUCGGAGAAGAGUACCGAAUCCUCCGAAAUAAUGGAUUGGCGCCGAGAGUCCUGGGACUUUUUGGUGGGGCCCGAGUAUCCCAAAUCGGUGGUCUUCAUCAUCAGCAAUGAGUUCUGCGAGCGUUUCAACUAUUACGGCAUGCGUGCGAUUCUGGGACUUUAUCUGACUCACAAGCUGGGCUACAACGAGGAGAGGGCAACGGUACUCUUCCAUAUAUUCACGAUGGUGGUGUACAUAUUCCCGCUGGUCGGCGCACUCAUUGCCGAUGGCUGCCUGGGCAAGUACAAGACGAUACUCUAUCUGUCCAUUAUCUACUGCUUGGGGGCCAUGCUCGUGGCCAUCGGCGCCAUUCCAAUUCUGGGCAUGCCCGUUAAGGGGGUGACUGCUGUGGGUCUGCUCCUGAUUGCACUCGGUACGGGCGGCAUUAAGCCGUGCGUGUCGGCCUUUGGCGGCGAUCAGUUUAAGUUGCCGGCACAGGCCUUGGACUUGCUCCAGUUCUUUUCGCUGUUCUACUUUGCCAUCAAUGCGGGCUCAACGAUCUCGACGAUGGUGACGCCGAUCUUGCGUGCGGAUGUCCAUUGUUUCGGUGACGAUGACUGCUAUUCGUUGGCCUUCGGUGUGCCCGCCCUGCUGAUGAUCGUCUCGAUGGUCAUCUUUGUCGCCGGUCGGAGUCGCUACACUCGCAAUCCGCCCUCAGGUCACAUGAUCUUUGGCGUGUCGCAGUGCAUCACGAAUGCGAUCAAGGGCUGGUGUGAAAAUAGCGCGAAUGAACCGCAUGAGCAUUUCCUCGACUAUGCGGAGCCAGUGGUUGGCAAGCAAAUAGUCCAUGAGACCAAGUGCCUCACGAGAAUCCUUCUACUCUAUAUGUCCUUCCCGCUCUUCUGGGCGCUCUCCGAUCAGCAGGGUUCGCGCUGGACUUUCCAGGCAACGCACAUGGACGGCAGACUGCUCAGCGUCCGCAUCAAGCCCGACCAGAUGCAGGUGAUCAAUCCGCUGCUCAUACUCAUUUUCAUACCACUUUUCGACAAAACGAUCUAUCCGACACUCGCUCGGUGGGGCAUAAGGCGACCGCUUCAGAAGCUCGCCAUUGGACUGCUGCUCGCCGCCAUCGGUUUCUUAUUGUCGGCGGCCGUUGAGCUGCGCUUGGAGCAAGUGGAGCCGUCAGCUGCACCAUCCUCGCCACGCAUGGCCCAUCUGCGUCUCUAUAAUGGGAUGCCCUGUCGCUAUGACUUCAGCUGCAGCGAUCUUCACUCGAGCAUCGAGCCGCUGGACAUGUGGUCCAAUCUGGCCAUGAUUGUACCCCAGCGCACUGAGUACGCUUUCAAGGCACAGCCGCAGCUGCAGUCGCCGAGCAGUCAAUGCCCCAUCAUCGAGGCUCAAAUUCGAUUGGAGCCGGGCAGCUCCGUCAGCUAUUUCCUGGCCAAGAAUUCGCUGCACAAGUUCCGCGAUGGGGUGAACAGUGGGCAGCGAAUGAAUCGAGCACCGCUGCUGCGCACCCUCGUCAACAUCCCAGACGACGAGGGUCCCAUUAUGCUCAGGACACUCCUCGACCGCUCCACUCCGAGCGCCAUUCAACUGGACACCACCAAUCUCUCGGCACUGCACGAAUUGUCGUUCGGCUGCGGCCAGUUGGACAUUAAUGGGAAACGAGCGGCCAGCUUUGAGACCAAGAACGGCGGUCUCUACAGCUUGCUGGUGCAGGGAAAUGCCAGCGAUGGUUACCUAUACAAUAUGGUGGAAGUUGUGCCGCCGACAUCAGUGUCGGUGUUGUGGCAACUGCCGCAGAUAGUUGUGAUGACUGCUGCAGAGAUAAUGUUCUCCGUAACGGGAUUGGAAUUCUCGUUCACCGAGGCGCCGGAGAACAUGAAAUCGGUGCUGCAGGCCUGCUGGCUGCUGUCGGUGGCCAUUGGCAACAUGCUCGUGGUGAUCAUCGCCGAAGUGAAGUUCGUACGCACGCAGUCGGCGGAAUUUGCACUCUUUGCGGCCAUAAUGCUGGUCAAUCUGGUGAUCUUUCUGUGUCUGGCCCGCAAUUACGAGUACGUCAAUCUGUCACUGUUCACCAAGGAUGCUGAGAUAGAGGCUGGCAAAUACGAGAGGGAGAGAAAUCUCAUUUACGAGCAGAACAUAAAACGCAUCGUGGGUCCCGUCUUGGCCAAAAAAGAGGCUUAUCGCAAAAAUACCAGCGAUACUUAUUUAGAUACCUAAGUCACACUCAUAUAUAUAUAUAUAUAUAUA